AUGCGCUCUCCAAAAUAUUUUCCUGACCACCUUCACAUUGAACCGGGUGUUGUUGCCGAGUUUGCGAUCAUCAUGGGUCUCGUUGUUUGCCUCUAUGGUUUUCGAUUGCAUCGAGCAAUGAUCUUCAUGUGCGGGUUUCUCGUCGGAGGGUUGUUGGUAUCAGCAGCGCUUGAAAAUACUUUUGGACUAAGGACAUGGGUGCUCGUAGCUUCCUGGAUUGGGUGUUUCGUCGUUGGAAUCGCCGCAGGUUGUGUUGCGCUCGCAUUCUUUCCAUUGGGUGUGUUCUUGGUGGGUUCCAUGCUGACCUACGCAUUCACCUCUUCGCUUCCCUAUCGCCUAUUUCCGGACGAAUCGAGUACCGUACUGGACGGUGCCGUGGUGCUUAUGGGUGGUAUGUUGGCGUUGCUGCUAGUACGACCGUUUGCUAUUGUCUCUAGUAGUCUCAUGGGCUCCGUUACAGCCAUUUGGGGCAUUGGAUACUUUGCUGGCAAGUAUCCAAGCGGUGACGACAUUGAGCGUUUCCAUUCACAUGGGAGAGACAGAGGAACUUGGGUGUACGCUAUCCCGGUGCCUUGGUGCGCUUACCUGGCUGCAAUGCUGCUACUGUUUGUAAUUGGAAUGAUUAAACAAUCUCGCGAUGCCAGCAAAGUGCGUAGUCGCGGUCAUAUCGGCCACUACACUGGCUGGCGAUCCAGUCCAAAUAUUCUAAUCUCGUGA